UACGUUAAUUAAAUAGUCUAGUUUUCUAUUUGGUCAUCCGUCUUUUUCAUUCACUGAUCUUUAAAACCUUAUUUCAGUUUAUGAAAAUGUGUUUUUAUAAAAGAUUUAAAAAAUGGAUUUUUAUAAUUUUAUGAAGGAGUGUAUAAUUCUAUGAUUUUUUUUAUUUGCGUGCAAGAUUCGACUUUGGAUUACAUUGAGUCUUAAUUUGUCAAUAGUCAUUGGAUAAUUUACAUGUGUAUGAUUAAAAAUACUUCAUAGCUACCUGGAAAAGGAUUUUUUUUAUAAUUGUGAGUGUGAUGCACAUUUUGCCUACACGAUGACUAUUUGGGAACAUGGGCUUAUUUUCAUUGCACUGUUAUGUACUGCAGGGUGCGCAAGUUUAGUAUUUCCAAGAAGCCCAGGUGUGGUAUACAGCCCAUUGAAUCAGACUGCAAGUAUACCAUGUGAACUGAACUUCCCACUGGAUGAGGAACUUGAAUUGUUUAUGUGGUACAAAGAAACAGUUUAUAUUCUUUAUAAAGAUAAAAAUGGGCAAAUCAAGCACAGAGAACCAAGUGAUGAAAACAAGUUUACAAUAUCUGGGGACAACUCUUCUCUAAUUAUUUCUAGAGUGCAGUCGGAGGACGGUGGUAAUUUUACAUGUAGGAAGAGCUUUAAGAAACAAGUAAACGGUGCCUUGGAAUUCUUUGAAGAGGCAAAAUCAACAGAAUUGAUAGUUCAAGAACUGCAAAACGUGUCUCUUUCUGAAGAGUUUGAUGACUAUGAUGUCAUUGAUGAUGUCAUAGAUGAUGUCAUAGAUGAAAAUGUUACCAUUUCUGAUGAUGUGCCAACCCCACCUGGUAUGCCGACAGUCAGUAGUAUCGAGUCCCGGGAAGCCAUCGUCUCCUGGGAGAAAAGUCUCAAAGAUAACAAUAGCCCCAUACUUAAUUAUAUCAUCAAUGUGAAAAAAAUAAGUGAUGAAGACUGGACAAAGAGUCGGGCAUUGUUGGUGGACAAGAAUACAACCAACAUUAUUGUACGUGGUCUGAUACCAAAUCAGGGGUACCAGAUCAGGGUCAUAGCAAAGAAUGCCCUCGGGAACUCGGAACCCAGCAGUGAAAGUCAGAUAUUUAUGACAUAUCCUGCAGCUGUAAAAUACCCACAACGGAGGAGAAAAAUGGUUAAAAGGGAUCUCUUAAAUACUACCACCAAGCCGGAGGAAGCUCCUAAAAAUUUAGUUGCCAUAAGUCCAAACAGUACAAAGAUACUGUUGAGAUGGACCCCGUUACCUGAAGAUGCGAGGAAUGGGGAGGACGGAGGGUACGAUGUCGAGUAUAAACAAGUUGGUAUUGAAGAGAAACUAGCUUUUGUUAUAGAGGAUCCUAACAGAAAGGAGGUAUUGAUAGAAAAUCUAAAACCAUUCACAAAUUACUCAGUGUCUGUUAACUUCUUCAAUGAUGUUGGCAAAGGGCCAGUCGCAACAACAUUUGUUAAAACAAUAGAAGGAGUUCCGGAGAAGCCUCGUAUAACUCAUCUAUCAGAGAUGAAGUCAACAUCAUUUGUGGUGAAUUGGGAGGCACCAGUGAUAGAAAAUGGUAUAUUGAAGAACUACCAGCUACAGUGGAUACACAAUAACACCUUUAAAACACGCAUAAUUACUGGACAUCUUACACAGCCAAUGUCGGCUCACAUCACUGGAUUAAGGCCUUACACAGAGUAUCAGUUACGAGUCAGAGCAGAAACAGGGGGUGGUUACAGUGACUACAGUGAUUUCUACCCCGCCCUAACAGAUGUUGAUAAACCCAGCGCUCCAUUUAUACUGAAUGUAUCAGUGGUGUCAUCAACAGCGAUAUAUGUACAGUGGUUACCCCCGACUACGUUCUAUAAAAAGAUUGACUCGUAUUUCAUACGGUAUAUAGCAACAAGUGGGGACCAGUGGAGAGAUGACCAGAUGGUUUCUGGCUCAGAUCACAAGGAGGGUAGCUUAUGUGUGAAAAGAACGACAUUGAUAAAAGAUUUACCUACAAACACGGAGUAUAAGCUGGUUAUAGCUGCAGUCACUCAGAGUAUAUUCUCCAUGUCUUACUACAUCGGAGAUUUCUCACAGGAGAUUAUAUUCCAGUUAGAAGAUCCAACAGUUGUUACGGAGGCUGUACAAGAAGAGACGGUGAACGCAGGAAUGAUAGCCGGCAUUGUUGUCGGGCUGAUCUUCAUAUCUAUUAUUGUUCUAUUCUUUGUUGGAUAUAGAUCUAUGACAUGUAGGAAAUAUACGAGAUCCCUGUACUACCUUGCUGUACCAACUAAUUCCCAGUCUCCACAAAGUACAGUAGUGUUUCCUCCCGAUCCAAUAGAGGAAGACACAAAAUAUCAUGAGAUCAGAGUGAUAGAUUUCCUGCAGCAUAAUCGUUCCAUGCACGCCAAUAGUGAUGAUGGUUUCUCCGUGGAGUUUGAGGAAAUCUCUAGUCGUACGAGAACAGACUUGAUGGCCGAUGCAUCAUAUCUGCCUGAAAAUAAAGCUAAAAAUAGAUACGUCAAUAUCAGUGCAUUCGACCAUACGAGAGUUAUAUUACAAACUCUUCCUGGAAGGCCUAAAUCAGAUUAUAUCAAUGCAAACUUUAUUGAUGGAUAUAAUAAACCACAUGCUUACAUAGCUACCCAGGGCCCCCUGCCACACACCUUUGCCGACUAUUGGAGAAUGAUAUGGGAACAAGGGUCCAUAGUUAUCAUAAUGAUAACAAAUCUAAUCGAGCGUGGACGUAGAAAAUGUGACAUGUACUGGCCAGAAGAAGGUUCCGAGACGUACGGCUAUGUUACGGUCAAGCACAUCAAUACCUUUUCAAGAGCCCAUUACACUGUCCGCAUGUUUUCACUGAAAAGUAGUAAAAAUAAAAAGAAACAUGUAUCUGAACGUAUAGUUUACCAAUACCACUAUACCGAGUGGCCAGAUCACGGUGUACCUGAGUUCACACUUCCGGUACUGAAGUUUAUACAGAAAUCUUCCGGAGAAAAUCCUCCAGGGGCUGGCCCCAUUGUCAUCCAUUGCAGUGCUGGUGUAGGUCGGACUGGUACCUAUAUUCUGAUAGAAUCAAUGAUUAAACAGAUAAAAGACAAGGGUACAGUCAAUAUUCCUGCAUUCUUAUUACAUAUUAGACAACAGAGGAACUUCCUAGUACAAACAGAGGAGCAGUAUAUGUUAAUACACGAUGCAAUAGCAGAGUACAUCUUGACACAGGGUGAUACAGAAAUCAGAGCAGAUGACAUCAGCAAAUAUUUGUCACAAGUCACCAAUCAGAUAAAUGGGGAAAUGACUUCCCUUGAUAUACAAUAUAAUUUGGUCACAAACUUUAGCCCAAAACCAGAUGAUAUGUUUCAUGCGUUGAAGAGUGUGAACCUGUGUAAGAAUCGUAAACUUGACAUGGUUCCUUUAAGUGUUAAACGUGUCAUACUACCAAUGAAACCUGGUGUAGAAGGCUCUGACUACAUUAAUGCCACAUAUCUACAGGGCUACAACAAGAGUAAUGAGUUUAUAGUAACUCAGCAUCCACUUGAACAAACUGUAGAAGAUUUCUGGAGGAUGGUAUGGGAUCAAAACUCUUCUGUUAUAGUGCAGCUAUCUGAUGUUGAUGAUGAUGACUUUAAGACGUUUUGGCCAGAGAAGGAUAAUCCUAUAGAUAUUGGUUGUUUCAAGGUGACAUAUAGGGAAGAUGAUGAUGAUAAAAAGUAUAAGGUCCGAGAAUUCCUCCUACAGUCUAAUCAGGAUGACUACAUUCUGAUGACUACAAUAGUAAAACCAGUGAACCCAUGGCCGUCAUCGUGUAACCCUAGACACCAUGUGUUUGAUAUGGUAGAAGAGGUUCAAAGGUUACAUCGACAGAAUAAUAUCGGCCCUGUUAUAGUGGUUGACAGCUUUGGAGGUGUUGAAGCGACCACAUUUUGUGCUAUGUUCAGUAUAUAUGACCAAUUACAGUUUGAUAAAUCUGUCAACAUUUAUCAGUUAGCAAAACUUUAUCACCUCAAGCGAGCUGGAUGUAUAGGAUCAAAGGAGGACUACCUGUUCCUGUACCAAGCAGCAGAGAGUUUGACCAAAGAAAUGGUGGAGCGAGAUAAACAAUCCUCGCCUGGAUCCAUCCGACUCCAUCUCGGAUCUGCAAAGAAAAACGGCACUCUGCCUCGUAGUGUUACUAUAAAUAGCAAAGUAGAAACUGACGUGUGACAGUCAUUUUGACUUGUCAUUGUAUCUUAGACACAAACGCUAGCAUUUUUGGUUGAUAUUAAACUGUUUGUUAUUUACAAGUUACUUCCAUUCACAUACUAUGACAUUUGAAUUAUGCAGAAAAUUUAUACAUUAAUUUGCCUGUUUAAAGUAAUUUUUGGCUCAAAUGUUGAUUGUCACAACAAAUGGAAUUAACUUUAGGUUACAUUUAUCUUUAUCAUAUUGACAGGACCAAGUGAAUACUGAUAGAUUUAGAGUGAAGUGAAAUAAGUCUAGAAGAUUAGGUAAAUACUGACAAAUGUCUCAUAAAGUGACAUUCACAUUUAUUAGAGCAUGGUUAAUGCUGUUAGUUUUAAAUUGAAGUGACAUUCACUUUGGCUGAUACUGUUAAUUUUAUAUUGAAGUGACAUUCACAUGGGUUAAUACUGAUAAUUUUAUAUUGAAGUGACAUCCAAUUGGGUAAUUACUGAUAGUUUUAUAUUGAAGUGACAUUCACUUGGGUUAAUACUGAUAAUUUUAUAUUAAAGUGACGUUCAAUUGGGUUAAUACUGAUAGUUUUAUAUUGAAGUGACAUUCACUUGGGUUAAUACUGAUAAUUUUAUAUUGAAGUGACAUUCAAUUGGAUAAUUACUGAUAGUUUUAUAUUGAAGUGACAUUCACUUGGGUUAAUACUGAUAGUUUUAUAUUUAAGUGACAUUCAAUUUGGUAAAUACUGAUAAUUUUAUAUUGAAGUGACAUUCACUUGGGUUAAUACUGAUAGUUUUAUAUUGAAGUGACAUUCACUUUGGCUGAUACUGUUAGUUUUAUAUUGAAGUGACAUUCACUUGGGUUAGUACUGUUAGUUUUAUAUUGAAGUGACAUUCAUCAUUUGAGGGAUAUAACACAUGAUAUUAUUAAGAUUUUAUGAGAUCAGUAUGUGUUCAUAUAUGUUCAUGUAGCUUUCUUAACCAAAUUAUUCUGUAGAUGCUAGAAUAGGAAACAGAUGCUGGAUUGGUGAAAAAUACAGCACAAUAGGUUGUCUAUACAGCUAACCAGAAACUUGAUAAGUAAUUUCAUAUUCAUGUAGUCACCAUCAUUGUUUAGAAUUAUUUACGAAAGGUGCAUUGUUUGUUUUCUUCAUAAGUGUCAUUCAUAAAUAUUUGUGUGGAAAUUGUUGUAGUGUCAUUUUGUAUUUUGUGAACUGUUUUGAGAUCUUAAAGAUAAUGUAAGUUAAGAUAUGUGUUGUUUUCAGAAGAUUUUGAUAAUAUUAACAUAGAUGAUAUUUUUUUAGGUAUUGUACCACUGGAGUGCGAAUUCAACGAAAAUGAUACAUUUUCUAUCAUGAAAGAUAUAUUUGUAAAUUUCAGAUUUUAUAAACCAUGACCAACUGUUGUAUAUAGUUUUUUUUUAAACAAAUAAGAAGAUUUUUUGUAACAUGUUAAGGCAUCGUUAUAUGUAUAUCAGAAUGUGUCAUACUUGCUGGUGUAAAAAGAGUUAAAAAGAUUCAGGAAAUUAUUUUCAUUAGGAAAAUUUUUACUGUAGGGUUUCAUAUAUUUUGACAAUGAAAUUAUUUUUAGUAUGUAUACACUAAGUAGAAGAAUUUGUACUCUUAACAUUAAUUGAAUCUAAGUUUCAUUUUACAUUUUUUUACCAUUAUCUUAGGUAUUCAUUUUUUCAAAAAUGUUAAAUAAUUUUAGUUAAAACAUAAUUAAUGUUUCACUGUAUAAUUUUGAAGAUUUCAAAAAGACAAUAAAUCAAAAUAAUUUUUAACCUUAUUUUUUCAAUGUAUACGGUCUAUUGUAGAGUGUAGUGUACUCCAAAUGUUAAUUGCCAAAGCAGGUGCUAUCAUGUAAAACCUGCAUAUAUAGUCAUACAUAAGAUGUAUUAGUGCCAUAUCAGUUUAUUUAUAUAUUUUAACAACAACAGUAUGUUAUCUUUUGUCUUGCCGUACACAAACACCAUAAAGCUGCAUGCCUCCAGAUGAGCCAAAAUAUUUGAAAAAAAAAAUUACUAACAUUUUAAGAAAAGUGAAAAUUAUUCGUAAUCAAGAAAUGAUUCACAUGCUAUAUGCAAUUAAUGAAUAAUUAUGCAGUAUUUAUCACAAUUUAUUUCUG